AUGUCGCUCAUACAUGACUCAAAUAAGAAUAUAGAAGAAGCUAAUAUUUUUUCAACUUCGGAUAACUUUCCAGCAUUAAACUCAUCUAAUUUAUCCAUGCAUACUAAUCAUCCCGAUCAUCUUCAUAUCCAUAAUAAGUUGGGUUUAAAUUCACUGACUUUACGCAAUAAUAGUGAAAGUAAUCUUAAUCAAAACAGUCAUAAUGUUGUGUCAAAAGUGAAUACUUCCCCAUUUAAUUUAUCAUCAAUGCUUCAAAAUUUUACCUUAAAUGAAAUGGAUAAUAACAAUCAAAACAGUAGUAUUAAUGCCACUAAUGGUAUAAGGCAUGACUUACCAACAAAUAUAAUCUUUCAAGGUCCAUUUGCACUAAAAAUAAAAAAUAUUCCAAAUGAUAUUUCAUUAAGAGAAUGUCAUGCAAUUUUUGCGUUGUCAACUAAUCCUACUCAUGUGGAACUAGUUCAUACUUCUGAAAAGAAUAAUAAUGAGAAAAACAACAUGUAUAUAUUAGCAAAGUUUGAAUCAUUACCUUUUGCAGCACAUUACGCGUCAAUAUUAAGUUCAAAAAAUGAGUUAUUUGGUCCAAACUUCCCAUUUAAACCAUCGAUUGAACUUAUUGAAGAAAUAACCGGCAAACAAAUAUUAUUUCAGAAUAUCCCAUCAGUUUAUAGUCAUCCUGAAAAUUAUCGACUAAUAAGCCCUAAUGAUGAUGGUAGGAACCUUAAUAAUCGGAAUCAUCAUUACUAUCAUCCUGACGCUCCGCCUCACUCUGCAUCACCCCUUUUCAAGAACAAUGCUACUAACUCUGAUUUUUCUCAACAAAGGCCUUCCUUAUUGCACCAACGGUCACGAUUUUCUUUUAACGAUCCUUUUUCAAUCGAAAAAUCACAACAGUCUGCUUCCCAACCAGUUCAGUCGAAUUUGCCUAUAUUCAAUUCGCAACAACAACAGGAGGAGCAGCAGCAGCAACCUCAUAAUGGUAUAACUAUUUCUCAACCCGAUUUUCCGGUACCAAUAUCAGCCACAACAACAGUAGAUUCAGGGAAAUCGUUUCUAAUUAAUGAAAAGGAAGAAAUAAAUGAGAAGAUAUGGAGCGCUAACGGAGAAUUGUCAAUGAAUAUGAACACAUUUGCAACUAAUACCCCUCAACCUUGCACACCCAAUUUAGAUUGGAAUUCAAAUUCGUCUAUAACGAAUCAAACAAAUGCUAUUUACGCCCCACCAUCCACUCGUAGUUCGAUACAACUGUCAAAAAUGGAUAUGGGGACCGUAAAUAUGCCACCUCCACUCUCACAGCAGCAGCAGCAACAGCAACAGCAAUUUUUUCCGCCAAUAAAUAUGAGAAAUAUGAACCAAUUUCCAAACAAUACGUUCAAUGAUAUGCAUCAUGUAUCUACACCGGUUCAAAAUUAUGGAUUAGUAAAUCAAAUGCCUCCGCCUCCUCCAUCUUCUUCUACUACUUCGCAUAUUCAAACUGGGUAUACUAAUAUGAAUAGUUUGUCUAAUCCUAACCAAUUAUUCGAUCAUAAUACUGCACAUCAUGGGUUGAAUCAAAUAUCUCCAUCUCAACAAUAUUCUAGUCAACAAAAAUCGCAAUCUCAAUCGCAGUUAGAAAACUUCUCAAAAGUCAGUCAAUUUAAUGAUAACAUUAAUCAUGAUAUUGGUGGUAGUACCACUAAUAUUGAGAACAUACCAGUGAAAAAUUCAAGAAAUUUACAAAGUACACCAAUAUCAUCAAAGAAUCAAUCAUUACCGCCUUCAUCAACAAUUAAUGUGGCAGGUUCCACGACAACGACGGCAACGGCAUCACGUAUUGACUUAUCAUUAUUAGCUAAAGUUCCACCACCUGUUAAUCCUGCAGAUCAAAAUCCACCAUGUAAUACAUUAUACGUUGGAAACUUACCGCCUGAUGCAACAGAAAAUGAACUAAGACAACUAUUCUCAUGUCAAAAUGGUUUUAGAAGAUUAUCUUUCAGAAAUAAAAACACCAAUGGUCAUGGUCAUGGUCAUGGGCCGAUGUGUUUUGUAGAGUUUGAAGAUAUCAAUUUUGCAACGCAAGCAUUAGGUGAAUUAUAUGGAAGUCAAUUACCAAGAGCUACACUAAGUAGUAAAGGAGGCAUCAGAUUAAGUUUCUCCAAAAAUCCAUUGGGUGUAAGAGGUCCAAAUAAUAAUAGGAAACCCAUCCAGAAUAUUAACACUACUACAUCAGCUAACUCUAAUGCUAGUUGGUAA